UCUCCACUCAGUUGCAUGACAAAAUCUUAUUUUAGAGGAUCUUGGAAGAGUAAGACAUUCAAACAGUACAAUUUUGAUGCUCUUGGCGUCCAGCCUCCAUGUGGUCACUUGCAUCCAUUGAUGAAGGUGCGCUCUGAGUUUCGACAAAUCUUUUUCUCCAUGGGAUUCUCAGAAAUGCCGACAAAUCGAUAUGUAGAAAGCUCGUUCUGGAAUUUUGACGCAUUGUUCCAGCCUCAACAGCAUCCUGCAAGGGAUGCACAUGACACAUUCUUUGUUUCAGAACCUGCCCUCAGCACAAAGUUCCCUAUGGACUAUUUGGAACGUGUGAAAACCGUACAUUCGAAAGGCGGCUAUGGAUCUGCGGGGUACAACUAUGAUUGGAAGAUUGAAGAGGCACAAAAGAAUGUUUUGCGCACUCACACAACAGCUGUAUCAGCUCGACAGUUGUACAAAUUAGCUCAAGAG